GAAGCAUCCAUAAUCAUCAUCAAUGAUAACUAUACACUCCAAAAUCAGGGAUCUACGAUAUCAAAAAUGCUUGUCCCUGUACUGAAGCCUUCACUCAAGCAAGCAUGAAAACUCUGUGCAACAUGGAGAGUGGUGAUGGUGGAUGGACAGUGCUAGUGAAGAGGACACCAGACGUUGAUGAGAGAGUUUCAUUCAAAAGGCCGUGGGUGGAUUAUGAGAAUGGAUUCGGGAACCUAAGUGGCGAGUUCUGGUACGGACUAAAGAACAUGCACUGUCUUAUGAGUCGAGAGCCAAUUAUGGAGGUUGAAAUUGAAUUGAAAAAGACUGAUGGCAAAAAUGUUCUUCCGUACGAUAACUUUAAAGUGGAUGGACCUGAUACAAGUUACACACCGCAUGUGUCGGACAAACAGUAUGAAGGCCAUGAUUUCUUUAGUCGUAAAAACAGAAUGAAAUUUUCCACAUUUGAUCAAGAUAAUGACCUAGAGUCAGGUAGUUGUUCAAAAUUUUUCAACGAAGGCGGAUUCUGGUUUAAUAACUGCUACAGCAUAUAUCUAACUGACAUGCCGAAACCUCAGCUAUAUCAUGAUGACCUAUUUUACUAUAUUCCCUAUGAUUAUGCUGAGCUCCGAGUGCGUCCCAAAGGUUGCCCAGCUUUCGGUGCAUGAUGAUCCUGAUAGUUGUGAGUACGAAAAGAAGGGAAAAGAACUGAACAUGACAAUUUUGUGAACUUUGUUGAAG